UUGCAGGCCGAGCGUCGAGACACGAGCACACACGCACACAGCAGCAUCACAGCAGAUCCGUCCGUCGUCGGUUGUGCAGCACUAUACGAGCUAUAUAUAAUUGUGCGCGGAAGCAGGCGGUCAGUUUCUGAACCGGCGAGUUUCAGAGUUUUUUGCAGUACGUGCAGCGAUGCGAGGUCUGUGCGGUUUGUUGUUUAUUUUCGCCCUGGCGGUGGCGUCGAUUUCGGCGGCUCUCGAGACGUGCAGCGAGCUGUCGGAAUGCAGCGACGACUUCAAAAGCACAUGCCAAGAGAUGUCGGAGAUCUUCAAGCAGACGUUCGAGAAUCGCAACUUGAUAGCGUCGUGCAGCAAUGGAGUCUGCUCGUGUAACAUAGAGCUGGUCGGUGCGAUACCCUCUUCUUCUUCCUCCUCGUCUGCGGCGGCGGCGGAGAAAGCCAAAGGAGAACAAGACAAGAGCGGCUGAAGCCGAGCACGCAUACAUACGCAUCAAUGUCACACAUAUAUAAAUAAUAUUUGCUCUCGAUUACAUUACCAUUAGUCACGUUAGUUGUACUAUUUAUUUAUUCGUUUGAUUCGUUUGAUUCGAUUUUAUAUAUCGUGCGUACCAAUUGUCUAUCUCGAUCUCGGUCGAAUCGAUGUGUAUGACGCUGAUGUAAUGUAAAAAGAGAAAAAACUUUUUUUUUUUUGUCCGUCUGUCGAAAGGUAUUCCGAUGCACAAUUUCGAUUCAUCGAAAAAUCUGACGUACGUACACACAUCAUCAAUUUCACGAGUCUCAAGUUUCACGCUAAAAAGUCGCUGUCGCUUCGCGAGCGUGCACAUCCAUUUGUGCUGAAUAAGAUUCGUUUGAGUUUUUAAUAAUACAAAAAAGCUUAUGAUAAAUUGAAAAUUGACCAUAGUAUUAUAAGUUAAUAUAUUUUUACCAACGCUACACUGUACGUUUGUGCGAAUAAACCGUUUCAUUUAUA